ACUCAGCUUCCUCUUGAGCAGCCUGCGGAGAGGAAGUAGGAGAGAUGUCAGCGAUGCAAAACACAGUCGAGCCGGGACACGGAGAGACCCCCGUCACCCGUAGAGCCUUCACAGGGCCAGACAUCUAUUUUCUGCCAUGGUUUGAAGAAGAGCUGAAACAGUCCCUGGACCUCAUGAAAUAGUCCACAGGUGUUCUGCUGCUGCCCCUUGCAGCAACUGGCAUUCAGAGGUACACCGACUUGGAAAUCAGAUAAUUAAACAGUAGCAAUGGAAGGCAAAGGACCUUAUCGUAUCUACGACCCUGGUGGGGGUACGCCAGAAGAAGCCUCUGCAGCCUUUGAGCGCCUGGUAGAAGAAAACACUCGACUGAAAGAGAAGAUGCAGGGAAUUAAGUCUCUAGGAGAGCUAUUGGAAGAGUCUCAGUUAGAAGCAUCCAGAUUGCAUCAAAGGGUGGAGGACCUAGUAAAGGACAAUGAAAUGCAAUGGUCAACCUCCUCUCUUGACAGACUUGCUGAUAUAGCAGGAGAAGUCCCAAAUCUUUGCCCUUCCCCAAAGGUUUCUAGUGAAGGGCAGAAGGAACUGGAAAACACCACACAGAGGCCUCCGUCCAGUGGCUCUUCAUCUGAGUUUGAAAUUGUGGGUGCUGAAGAUAAGAGGUCUUUGCCAGAGAGCAGUAGGAAAUCUGAGACUGAGCCACUUCCCAACGAGGAUGCCAACCUUAUGCUCCAUCUUCAGCGCUUGGAGAGUACCCUAAGCCUCUUUGCCGAGGAGUCUGACAAAACCCAGCUCUUUGCCCACCUGGGGCGCAUGGCCCUGGAGUUCAACCGCCUGGCAUCCAAGGUGCACAAGAAUGAGCAGAGGACGUCCAUUCUUCAGGUCAGAGGGCUUCUGGCGCUGUGUGAGCAAUUACGGAAGGAGAACGAAGAGUUGAGAACAAAAUUAGAAAAGGAACUAGAGCAAAGGAACCAGAUCUCGGAGAAGCUAAAGUGUGAGAAUCUGGAGCUCAGGAAGAUGGUGAUGAUAAGUAGUAAAGAAGGAACAAAAGCAGAAGGCACUGAAUGGGCAGGACUGCAACAGAAAGGAGCUGCUGAGGAGAAAAUGGCAGGGAAAAGCAUGUUGGGGGCAAGUGAAAAGAAAGUCAAGAUACUUGAGCACCAACGCAAUGAGCUCCUGGAGGUGAAUAAGCAAUGGGACCACCACUUCCGAUCAAUGAAGCAACAAUAUGAGCAAAAGAUAACAGAUUUACGGCAGAAACUAGCUGACUGCCAGAAGGCACUGGCUGACCUGGAAGCUGAACGGGAACUGAAACAGAGGGAUUUUGACCGCAAGCUUCUCCUGGCAAAAUCCAAGAUUGAAGAGGAGGAGGCAGAAAAGGAACAACUCACUGGGGAGGUAAAGGACCUAAAACAGAGGAUAAAGUUCCUUCAGGAUCAGUUGACUCCAAUCACCAGGCAAAGGGAGUACCAGGAGAAGGAGAUUCUCCGGCUAAAUAAGGCCUUAGAAGAGGCCCUGAACUUUCAAGCCUCUGCUCCUUUCAACAGCCCUAUUGAGUCUGCCAUGAACAUCCGACAGCAGGAAGUGAUGACCCAGAAUGAGCUGCUGAAACAACAGGUGAAAAUCUUUGAGGAGGAUUUCCAGCGGGAGCGGAGUGAUAGGGAGAGGAUGAACGAGGAGAAGGAGGAGCUCAAGCAACAGCUGGAGAAGCUUCAGAAGCAGUUAGUACUUUCCAGCAACCAGGUCCGGACACUUAAGGAGGACUUCCAUAAAGAGAAGGAGGAGAAGGACAAAUACAAGAAGUUGCUGAAGCAGCACAAACAGCGUUCUGGUGACAAACUCCAGGCUGAACCACCACAGCCAGGACCAGCAGCCCCACCCUGCCCCAUGUACCAGUUCCAGUGUGGCCCUCCAGCCCAACCACAUUUAUGGCAUGGUUUUGAGGACUGGCAACAGAUCCGAUACCCCCCAUCAACAGCAGCAAAUGAGCAUCCUCCAGUUCAGAAUUACCACCAUUUCCCUCCUCCAGAGUAUACCUGGUCUCCAUCACCAUGGGUGGUAUCCCAAAACCAAAAGUCACAAGCAGUGGAUGGUGUGAAACAACUGUCUAAGGAAUCUGAUGCUACAGGUCUUGGGUUACCUAAAAACCAAAGGCCCACUUAAUCUGCGUGGUGGUGUUGUGUAGGCAUCAAAAGUAGAACCACUGAAUGCAUGUGAACCUGUGUAGACGGGUAACCUUCUAGUGCUGCCUGGACACUAUUCCCAUUAAUUUGUAUAUAUGGGAUGUAACAGAUGCUUGGGACAACAAUGGCUUUAACUGGAUUUUCUGAAGAUGUGUGGCAUGCUACCGAAGAGUGUCCAGUGACCUUUUGUUUGUGGAACAUCUCCAGUGGAGUUAAACUUAUCUGGAUCUCUCAGCAUUUUGAAUCAGUGAUCUUUUCUCUACUUGGCAUCAAAAAUUCAGCUGCCGAGGGAGCCAAUCUCAGACUUUGGUAGCAAAUACUAUUUUCUUUUUACUCCUGUGUUGGCAAAACUACAGGAUUCCUGGGUCGACAGGAUCUGCAUUUCACUGGUUCUCCUGCAGCUUUCAAUUCACAACACAAUAUUUUUUGCAGGCAACUGUUGUCUUAACGCAGCCAGCGCCCCCCGUUCUGCAGUGUUGCAAAGAGGGAAGAAAUAAAACAAACCCUUUCCUUUGUUUUUUUGUUUGUGAAUGUCUAUAGUGUAUAGGCAUUAAACUGAAACAUGGUUAUAUCAUUUUGAAUAUAUAUGUAUAUUUUGAACUUGAAUUGUAAUGCAGUGGUUUAGCCCAAAAACAUAGUAACUUGAUUCUCUGCAGAACACUGCUGUACACUGCUGGUUUAAAGCUAAUAUUUGGUAAUGUACUGCAGUCUGUUUAUGUAUGCAUAAACAGACAUAAAAGACCCUAAUCCUGGAAUAUGUUGACUCCAACUCUGUUUCCUUUAGGUACCAUUUAAUUCCUAUAAUGGAGCUUGAACCUCCUUGUCCAAAUUUUGUGUAACUAGCAGGUUUUACUUGGUGGGUUCUAUCAUCUGGCUAGUCCAAGACUAUUUGCUCACUCACUGUCUGGCCUAGCAAAGCAAUUCUUAAAUUUUUCUAAAGGGAAGAGGGGUUUUUUUGUCUUUUACUUUUUAAUCAAAAGAACUGAUCUUUAUGCCCUGAUUCAAUUGCACAUGGCAGGCUUGUUGUAACAUUAAGUUGUCCAGAUAAUGAUGGUAGGCAGACUGGAAGAGAGACCACCAACGGCCUUGUAGAACUGUGCAGAACAAAGCCAAGUAUAUUACAGUCUCUGCUAGCUUUGUUGAUCCCAUGGUUUACAUAAAUCAGGAUCAACAGUGUUGGCCUUGAAAGCAUCUGCUAAAAAGAAAUUAAAUAGAAUGUAAUUACAGCUCAGCUUUCUAUAGGCUCUCAAGUGGGUCAAAACAUGGUCUAUUAGGUUGCUGGAUGUUAUUCUAUAAUAUGUACUCCUUAAGAUAUAUGGACUCUUAAUGAAGGUAAAGAUGAAGGUGCAAAAGCAGGGCUACAGAUGAAUAUUAAGAACAAAAAUAUGUUUAAAGAAUUAUAAAACUUUAAUGUUGACACUGAGAAGAUUAAAAUUAAUAUCAGUAUAGUUUUGUCAUCAGUACAAAUAGAGACUAGAUAAGAAAUCAGAAGAAAACAAAGACUUGGAAAAGCAGCUAUGAAGGAACUGGAAAAUUCUUUUAAGUGUGAGGAUGUGACAGUUGUGCGAAGGUGAAGAUAAUCUAUAUGAUGCUAUUCCUGGUAACUAUGUACAGAUAUGAAAGCUGGACAGUGAAGAAAGCCAGGAGGAAAAAAAGUCGAUUCAUUUGAAAUGUGGUGUUGGAGAAGAGGUUUAUGGAUACAGUGGGCUGCCAGAAAGACAAAUAAAUGGGUGCUAGAUCAAAUCAAGUGUCAGCUAUUCCUAGAAGGAAAAAUGACUACACUGAGGUGACCAUAGUUUGGGCACAUCUUAGAAAGACAAUAAUGGUAGGAAAGAUUGAAAGCAAUAGGAAAAGUGGAAAGGCCUAGCAUGUGAAGCCAUGGCCCUGAAUUUGCAAAUGCUGAGCAUAGCUUUCAAUGACAACUUUUAGAAGUUGCUAAUACAUAAGGUUGCUGUAAGUCAGAAGAGAGUCAAGUUACUAAGUUUAUCUUCUGUUCACUGAGUUCACCUCUUGUAGAAAUCGUAUGUCAACCUUACUAUGCAAUGAACUGUAACAUAAAAAAAUGAAAGGACGACAGAAUUUACUUUACUUUUCCCCCCUGUGUCCAUCUCUCUUAAACAGAAAUACCUUUCCCAAAUAUUUGGAGAGAUUUGUAGAAUGUGUUGCCAUUGUGUUUAAACUUUCUAAUAUUUCUGUUAGCCAAUAUUCCUUUAUUGUAAAUGUUUUAGGAUGUUUUGUUUGUACGAAAUGAUCUUAACUAUAAAUACUCGAUUUAUUUAAUCAUUAAUAAAGUAUGCAUUUUCUUAUGUUAUAAA